AUGGAUCCUGAACAAAGCAAGAGGAGCACAAAAAAGGGGGAUGAGGUUCCAAGAAAGAGGCUCGUGAAAGGAGAAGCUUUUCAAAGCAGUAUCUCCUCCAUGACUCCGUAUCCAAGCAGCUCUGCUCUGCUACCAGGCUCUCCCCUCCAAGAUGUUGCAUCCCAGCAAUGUUUUUCAAGGGAGGAGGCUCAGGAGAAGACAGGACAAGCUCAACCCAAGCAUUCCUCUUUUGAGCAUCCAUCGCACAUGGCCCAACUUCAACAGCACUCGUUGUCACCAGCAUACAGGACUCCCCGAAAGCAAGAAGGCCCUACCUGGCAGCUUGUUGAUCCAGCAAGAUCAAUUCCCUCUGGCUCAUUUCCUUCUUCUGGGCUCCCUUCCAGUCACGGUCAGAUCUUACCAUCCUGCUCCUCUGUUUCUACUGAAGAAGACAAACCCCCUGUUCAAAAGGUCUACAUCCCUCGUACCUUGCAGGUUUCUUUGAAACCAUCUGAAGAAGGACACAAGAAGGAAAAGAAGCCACAGAAGCCAGGCAAAUACAUUUGCCAGUACUGUAGCCGGCCUUGUGCCAAACCAAGUGUUCUCCAGAAACACAUCCGAUCCCACACAGGUGAGAGACCCUAUCCAUGUGUUCCCUGUGGCUUUUCCUUCAAAACCAAAAGCAAUUUGUACAAGCACCGAAAAUCUCACGCUCAUCGCAUCAAAGCUGGGUUAUCUUCAGGCACUGCUACAGAGUUGUACCCUUCCAGCUUGGAGGUGGAGAAGAUGGGUGGAGAGGAAUUUGAAGAGCCUACAGAAGGAGAAAGCACAGAUUCUGAAGAGGAAACCAGAAGCACCCCAGGCCAUUUGUUGGAACUAUCCACCAGGCGAAAGCAAACUAUGUUGUAUGGGGCAGGAAGUCAAGGUUCAAGCCAAGAAAGCACCUCCUUUCUCCAUUCUAGCAUGUCUCAAUCCCUUGAUGACAGCAGUGCUUUUGUAGAGCCAUCCUCAGACCUUGCCCAGAGUCAUAAAUCAGAAGAAACGCACACUAUCAAACAAAAGCUUGCACUCCGUCUAAGUGAGAGGAAGAAAGUUAUCGAGGAACAGGCUUUCCUUAGUCCUGGCAGUAAAGGAAGCACCGAAUCAGGCUACUUCUCAAGAUCAGAGAGUGCAGAGCAGCAAAUUAGUCCGCCGAAUACAAAUGCAAAAUCAUACGCAGAAAUCAUUUUUGGCAAAUGUGGGAGGAUAGGCCAGCGGACUGCUAUGUUAGCCACAACCACGACUCCAGAAUUUCCCCCAGUCUCGUCUGAAGAAAAGCUGAGUACUGUUCCUUUGUCUGUGCCUCGGACACAGGUUAUUGAACAUAUCACCAAGCUGAUCACCAUCAACGAGGCAGUUGUUGAUACGAGUGAAAUUGAUAGUGUUAAACCAAGAAGGAGUUCUUUGUCUAGACGGAGCAGUAUCGAAUCUCCAAAGCCUGGCUCUUUCAGAGAAUCAUUUCAGCUAGACAUCAAACCUGGUUCCGGUAGCCAACCAGAUCCAUCAAAGUCGUUGACAUCUCAUAUUGAAAAAAUGAAGCCUGAAUCAUCCUUGUUAUCGUUCCAGCAAUCCCACAGUGCCACGGAGACAGUGCCUCUUCUAAGAAGCCACUCUAUGCCUUCAGCUGUAUGCACUAUGAGUUCUUCUCACUCCUUUAGAGGUAGUUAUUCUUUCGAUGAUCACAUUGCUGAAUCGGAGAUCUUAAGCCGCAGUCAGAUGUCUUCCCAUCCCCGGAUGCUAAAACGGCAGCCAGCUAUUGAGCUACCAUUGGGAAUGGAGUACAGCUCAGAAGAGGUUGGCGCAGCAGGCAAGGAAAGCUUCUCCAGACCUCCAGAAGAACAAGAGACCAAGGAGAGUGAGUUGACCAAGAAGUCAAGGAAGGGCACCAAAACAAAAGGAUUUAUGUAUGAGUGCAAUAUCUGUGGUGCUCGAUACAAGAAACGAGAUAAUUAUGAAGCCCACAAAAAGUACUAUUGUUCAGAACUUCAGAUCUCCAAACCUCACUCUUCCAGUUCAUAUACUUUAUCUGAAAUGGAGAAAGGUUUGAUGGAAUCUGAUCCAGGGCCACAAGUGAUGCAUUAUAAGUUGGGAACUAGCUUAGAACUGACUCCACUGAGGAAGAGGCGAAAAGAAAAGAGUCUUGGUGAUGAUGAAGAUCCACCAGCUUUUGAGUUAACUGAAGCAUCCUUUUCUAGAAGUGGACCAGUCACUCAGUUUAUGGGGUUGAAAUCCAGUGAUGUGGCCUUGAACCUCACUUCCAAGUCUGUGAAGCCAGCAAUGGAUCCCGCUCAACCUGUGCCUCUUUCCGAGGUUAGUAUAAGUUUUCAUCCUAGAACUGCAAAUCCCCUAUUUACUCCAGAGGGCAAAGAGAGGAGAACAACCUCAAAGGAAAUCUCUGUCAUCCAACAUACAAGUUCUUUUGAGAAGUCAGAUUCCAUAGAACAGCAGAGUAGUUUAGAAGGAGAGGAAAAGCUGCUCUUGUCUUAUGCCUCCCAACCAGAAGUCCAACAUGGCCGACCAACUCACUCCCUUCAGCCAAAGCUUGUGCGUCAACCUAAUAUUCAAGUCCCUGAGAUUCUGGUCACUGAAGAACCUGAUAGGCCAGAAAUGGAACCGGAGCCUCCACCGAAAGAGCCAGAAAAGUUGGAGAAAUUUCAGUGGCCACAGAGAAGCCAGUCUCUCUCCCAACUUCCUGCAGAGAAGCUACCACCCAAAAAGAAGAGGCUACGGCUAGCAGAAAUGGCCCAGUCUUCUGGAGAAUCCAGUUUUGAGUCAAUCAGAAGCCCAAGUCAGGAAAGCAGCAUCUCCCAUACUUCUAGUCACUCGGCUUCUUUUGAGAGAGAGGAAACUGUUUCUCAGUCCUCUGAAUUUCAUGGUAAACCUCUUGGCCUUGGCCUCGGCUCCCACAUGUUAACAGUACCAAGUUCCCAUCUCCACCACCAUCACCACCAUUCCCGAGAAAUGAGGAGGUCUGCUUCUGAACAGACACCCAAUGUCUCACAUUCCUCUCCAAUGUCGGAGAUCCGCAGCAAGUCCUUUGACUAUGGGAGCUUGUCUUCAUCUCCUUCUACAUCCCAAAUUCCAACAACAACAACAGCAGCUCCACAGGAGAGGAGAAAGUGCUUUUUGGUUCGGCAGGCAUCUCUCACCAGGCAUCCAGAGCAUGAGCCAGACUCUGCCUCCAAAGGAACAGCUGAGACUGAGGAAUCCGUGCAACCUUCAACUCAGUCUCCUGCUGCAAGCUUGCCAUAUCAACAACUGCCUUCCUCCUCUUCCUCCUCCUCCUCUUUCUCUUCUCACAGAGGGUACCCAGCUGACAAGGAUCAGCCAAAAGACUGUUCUGAGUCCUUGUGCACAUAUCCCUACGCUGAAGCUCUGCAAGUGGUCCAUCCACCUGUCCCUCAUUUAACCCUCCAUGAAAAGCAGUACAUGGGCCCACAAAUUUCUCUCUUACCAUUCCAGCACCUUUUGCCACCAUUGGGACAUUCAGUUGAGCUUUUCUCCUCUCAGACCAUGGCAGACAUAUUCUCCAGUCAGUAUUCCAUCCCUCAGGUCCCUCAUUCCUUAUUUCAAAGCGCAGCACUUCCUCUUCAAGAAGCGUUGCUGCAUCAGGGCCAGUUACACAUUGCCCCUCCGCUGCUGUCACACCCGGCUGAUAUCAUAAUCAGGCAGAGCCCAUCAAUCUUGCCCUUCCAUUAUCCAGGAUCCUCACCACUCCCUUCUGCAUUGUUUCUGCCUCUUCAGUCACAGCUUGCUCUCCAGCUGCCAAGUGACAUUGGUGCCCACUUGCCCCAUCUGAAAUCCAGCCUCUCUCCUGAAAUUGGAAGCCGUACCUUCUCCCCAUCUAUAGAUUAUGGCUCUGAGAGCCGACUGCAUAUUUUAGCUCGGCCCAGUAGCCCCUCUGCAUCCAUCUCCAUUUCUCAGUUGGUGGUACCUGCCUGUUCAGAGCCUGUGGUAUCUCUAGUUGUCCCAGUUCGCAUUCAGGCUAACAUGCCAUCCUACGGAAGUGCAAUGUACACCACUCUUUCCCAGAUCCUAGUCACUCAGUCCCAUUGCAGCGCCUCUUCAAUCCUACUGCCAAAAUUUGAGGACUAUCAGACCAAGGGUACUCUGGUCUGCACUGCUAAUGUUCACAGUGUUGGUCUUGAUUUGGCUCAAAUGAUCACAGAGGAGCAGAAGACCCUGAUCCACAAUCCGUACCUGCGGCUGCCAUUGUCUCUGUCGGAAAGGAAAGGCUAUUUUCCCCUGGGCCCCAUGUCUGAAAGCGUCUUGGAUCUCGAAGAGAGCCCAUCAAAUGCUGGAGGAAGCAAGCGGAUGCUUUCUCCAGCUGGGAGCUUGGAGCUCACCAUGGAAACCCAGCAGCAGAAACGGGUGAAGGAAGAAGAGUUCUCUGAGACAGAAGAGAAGCUGGAAAUAGUGAUGACAUCCAAUACAAUGGAGGAAGGGAAAAAACGUGAUCAAACAGCAGCCAAGGCAGAAACACUCCCAGAUAUAUUGUCUGAACAGUCAGAAUCCCCCAAAGGCCAGGCUGCCUUAAACCUGGUCUUGCCACAGUCUGAGGCCUCUAGCUUUGACGUUCAAAAAGAAUGUAAGCAGCCAGUGAGAAAGAAGCCUGAAAGCAACCACGCUCCUGAGAAAGUGAAGAAGGAGGAUUUGAAAGAAUCGGCAGAAGCCUUGGUGGCAAAUCCUCUGAGCUCAGCAUGUUCUUCAGCAGCUGCUCAAAGCUCCAAGAAGUCUCAGGACAGUACAGAUGUUAAGAAGGUACUUCCGUUCCCCAGUCUCCACACAACUACUAAUGUCAGUUGGUGCUAUUUAAAUUACACAAAACCAAAUCACAUUCAGCAAGUUGACCACAGUUCCUCCGUGUAUGCCAGCUGGUGCAUUAGCCUGUAUAAUCCCAACCUCCCCGGUGUAUCUACUAAAGCUGCCCUGUCACUCCUACGCUCCAAGCAAAAGGUGAGCAAAGAAACCUACACCAUGGCUACUGCUCCACGUCCAGAGACAGGGAGGCUUGUACCCUCAAGUUCCAGGAACCCCAAAAUGUCAGAGGUCCAUCUGCCCUCACGCCUUCCCAGUGAAGGCCAGAAAGAUGCAAUGCAAACCAGUAAGGAAAGGGAUAAAAGAGGAAAAACUGAAGAUGACAUUCAUGUAACCAAGCGAGGAGAACCAACCAGGAUCAAGAUCUUUGAAGGAGGGUACAAAUCAAACGAAGAGUAUGUGUAUGUGCGAGGCCGUGGACGAGGGAAGUAUGUAUGUGAGGAGUGUGGAAUUCGCUGCAAGAAACCCAGCAUGCUGAAGAAACACAUUCGCACGCACACAGACGUCAGGCCCUAUGUCUGCAAGUACUGUAACUUUGCUUUUAAAACCAAAGGGAAUCUGACUAAACAUAUGAAGUCAAAAGCCCACAGCAAAAAAUGUCAGGAGAUGGGUGUGUUGGCAUCUACCCUAGGGGAGCUGGAACCAGAGGAAGGAACCACUGAAGAUCUCUUCCAAGAUUCAGAAGGACAGGAAGGAUCUGAGUUACCUGAACACCAGUUUUCAGACUUGGAAGAGUCUGGUGAUGAUGAUGAUGAUGUUGAUGAUGAUGAUGAUGAUGAUGACAAUGAUGAAGAAGAGGAUGAGGAGGAAGAAGAGGAAGAGGAGGAAGAGGAAAACCAAGAGGAAUCACUUGGAAAGCCUUCUGAAACAAAGAAUACUUUCCUUCCAGGGAACUUUCCAAGAAGUUCUCUCCCUUCCCAGGAGAAAGGCACCAAGACAACCUUGUCCGCAGUGGAAGAUAUUCCUUCUGGCAAUGAGAGUACUGUUCGUUGUUCCCAGACUGCCUCCUUAGAGCCUGAAAUGAAAUGGUCAGCUGACAGCUGUGAAGUUGCUGUGUGCCACAGCUUGUUAAGACUUCAUCGACCAGCUCAGUCCUCCAGUGCACUCUCAACUUUGGCUGAGAAGGAAUCUGUUAGAAGACCGCAGAUGCUCUUAGCAAUGGAUUUGUCAGUCUCCAAAGAUAUCACGCCUAGAAGGAAGUGUUCCCCAAGCAAGGACUGUGGGAUUAGCAGUAGUGGAAACAACCAGUCCUUGACUCGAAAGCAUCUGUUAACCAAAAAUGAAACUUCACCAAAAAGAUUGUCAUAUACUGGAGAAAUGCCCUCCAGUCACCAAGCUCUGCGAGAGUCAUUUGUCUUCUGUAAUUCAUCACCAAGACUUGAGAUCUCACCAAGCAGAUACCUUUCUUCAAAGACAGAGCUCUCAUCACCCUUAUACCUUCGGCCAGCAAGAGGGAUUUCUCCGGUGAGAUGUGUCUCUCCAAGUAGGGAAAUGCCAUCAUCUAGAUACUUAUCUCUGAAGAAAAUGCUGUCCCAGAGCUAUUCAGAGCCACCUUCAUGGUAUCCAUCCCCAGGAAGAGAAGAGUUGCCUUCUCAGAGCCAAGUGGCAGCAGAUGAAAAAGUACAAAACUUAAGUAAAACUCAGUAUGGAAUAUCAUCUUCAGUGCCUCUACCUCACAGGUCCCUUGACAAGGAUAUAGAGCUGCAUGAAGACCUUAAGCUGAAGACAGAGUCCAGGAGCCCAACAGUUUCACCAGGCAUCAUUCAACAUCUCUAUUUCAGACCUUUGCAAUCGCUCCAUGAAGUACCCAUUCAUGCUCCAGAUCGAGUGGAAGACCAUAUUUUUAGUCAUCUCCCUUUGCACUCCCAGCAAUUACCCAGGAGCCCUUGCCCGAUGAUCCCAAUUGGGGGCAUCCAAAUGGUCCAGGCAAGGCCCAGCAGCCAUCCCAGCUUGGGGCAUGGAUCAGUGAUGUCCCUGCAGGCCAGCUACUUUGAACUUGGUGGUAGCACUUCUGAAUUCAGCCAGAUGAAAGUCAAGGGCAAAGAAACUCCAAACAGAUAUGAAGCUCCUUCUUCAUCGGCCACUUCGCCACUUCAAAGCGGCAUCUACAUGGAAGAGAAAACAAGGACUAGUGAACUUCAUCAAAUACGAUCCAAGGAGGGAUACAGGGUAAAAAAGUGUAGUUCAGAGCAGGAGAGUUGUACGGCCACUCAGAUGAGUUCUUGCUCAACGGGGGAGUGUUCUCCAAAGCCUUUGGCUCAUGGGGAAGGACCCUUCACCAAGAAGGGGGAGAAACAUGGUGGCAGCUCAUGUACUACUUUCAGAUCCACCUGCACUUUUAUUUCAAGCAUCCCCACGCAGUCACUGGACCGAAGCAGCAGCAUGGGCUGCCUGUUGGAACAUUCAUUCAGCCAGUCCUCUCACCAGCUCUCCACCAGGAGAAGGAACCUGUCAGGAGAGCCAGCCCCACAAGCAGGGGCACCUAGGAGAAGAAGUCCAUCCUUGGAACAGGCUGCAGGCUUUGGCUUAGCACAAAGCAGAGUGGAGAACAGUACAGGAAAUACUUAAGCUCCUGCUCUGUCCUUCUCAGCAACUUCUCAGAUGUUAACAACAGACCUUGGUCAGUGCUGUUGGUUUUAGAGUAAAUCAUUGCUACAGGAAGGUCCCUUUCGUGUAGAAAAAUCAUGCUCGCUCCCUCCAUUUUACUUUCACAUUUCCUUGUGCCUUUAUCAAUGCCCCUUUUUGUUGUGGUUGCUUGACAUGCACACAC